AUUGGUGGAAGAUACACGUUUUGAACAGUAUUAGAAUUUUAUUUGUGCACAAACCAAAUUAAAAGGAAAUUCAUCAAGUUUUGGUGAUUUUCCUAUCCUACAUUUGUGGUUGAAUUUGAAAAUCAAACUUGAUUAAUCAUGCAGUGUGGUCCAUAUUUCUCAGAAAUUCGAUGACGUCAUCUCAUAACCUUUGUUUCGCAACACUUUGACAUUUUUGAUGCUUGUGUAUUAGUUGUGUAGCACACACAUCGCUAGUAACUGAUUUUUUUCUCUGUCUUUCUGAUUUGUCUUGGUUAGACACAAUGAAUCCAUAUCAGAGCGAAGGAACUUGCUGUGGAAAGAUGAAACGCAAAUGUAAAUGCAAACGAUCAGCCAGAAAGGUUACUGUGAAGCAAGAAGUUGUGGUCAAAGAAGAACCCACGGAUGGCAUCGAAAUGCUUCAUUAUCCACUACCACCGUCACCAGUCGAAGCUAACGCCUCAAUCAAAUCAGAGAGCGAAAGUGACAGCGAAGUCGAACCUGUGAAGAAGGAAAUCAAAUGCGAAGACGAAUGCUUGACGGAAAAAGACGAAAUAGAAGAAGAUAGAGAUGAAUUAGUUGGUAAAGACUCAAGCGGACCAAGACCAAAGUUGAACAGCAAGGGAGCAAAUCGUAAACGAAAAGGCGAUGGCAAGAAGAACAAAGGCACAAAAAGAGAUCGCAACGGGAAAAUAUCGAAAAAACUAGUGGCAAGUGGACAGAAGAAACACAAAUGUCAUUUGUGUGAUUAUGCUUCAUCACACAAAUCACAUCUCACAAUACAUAUUCGAACCCACACUGGCGAGAAGCCUUUUGAAUGCGAAAUAUGUGCCUUGGCUUUUGCAGACAAAAGCAAUUUGAAAAAGCACAAGAAAAUCCAUAGUCUAAAAUUUCCGUUCAAUUGUUCAAAGUGUCGUAGAGGAUUUACAGAAGAAGCUGUAAAGAUCAACCAUGAAAAUGGAUGCAAAGUUCACCAGUACGCAUGCUACCUAUGUGGAACAGCCAUUCGGGACAUGUCAAAUCUAAAGCAACACAUGCGAAUCCAUAGUGGCGUUAAGCCAUUCGAAUGCCAUGUGUGUUCCAGAGCAUUUGCAAUCAAAUAUAAUCUCAACAUUCAUUUGCGAACUCACGUCAAGCAACUGUCAAGAAGUGCUAUCGACCAUUUGUACAAGAAGGCGAUAAGAAAGCACACGAAGAACGUUGUAAUCGUCGCCUGAAUCAGUGCUACGUGUGUAAAGAUUUAAAGACAGAUUCACGUCACUUAAAGCUUCACAUGCGAAGCCAUCAUACGGGUGAAAAACCAUUUCCAUGCAAACUAUGCGAUGCACGAUUUGCAGUGCAAGGUAGUGUAAAACACCACAUGAAAACCCUUCACCGUCAAACAUUGUAACGUAAUAUUCAUUCAAAACCUUUAAAUUCAUUUCGUUCAUAAAACACUUCAGGUUUUAUUUCCGUCUUCAAAAAACAAAAAUCACAAAGUCAAAACAAAAUCAAUAAAUGUAUCUUUCUUGGCUUCAAUCAACACAUAUGUAAAUCCUAACCAACUCUAUCUACUGACCUUGUCAAGGUUGUCAAUUAAAAUUUUCUUUAAAUAACUUAAGUAACGAUAUUUUUCGCCAAAAUUACGGAACUACCGAAUGAUUCGACAGCUUUGUCACCUGACUGGGUUAACAAGAAGUUGUCAGCAACUAAUUUGAAUGAUAAAUAACAUAAUUUUUUUUUUUUUUUAUAAAAACAUUUU